AUGUCCAAAGACGCGUCAUCGUGUUCCAUCGGGCAGGCGUCGUCUCAGCUUGAGGCAGGGGAAAUGGUUGAAAAGCACUUACCUCUAGGUCAAACUGAAAUGCCCGGCCAUGAUUUUGAUACUCAGAAAAUUGGAGGUGCAGGAGCCCAGGAUGAAACAAGAUAUCUCACCGGCCUCAAAUUAUUCCUCGCCAUGAUAAGCAUCACCCUCCUGAUCCUCCUUACAAUGCUGGAUAUUUCCAUCAUUGGAACCGCUGUUCCGCAAAUAACGAGUGAUUUUCAUAGUCUUGAAGACAUCAGUUGGUAUAGCGGUGCCUAUCAGCUAGCGAGUGCAACAGUCCAGCCUCUGACGGGAAAGAUCUAUACAUAUUUCAGCAUCAAGUGGACACUGCUUGCUUUUGUCCUGAUAUUUGAGAUUGGUUCCGCAAUCUGUGGAGCAGCUCAAUCCUCCCUAAUGCUCAUCAUUGGCCGGGCUGUAGCCGGGUUAGGAUGUUCUGGUCUAAUGAAUGGAUGCCUCACACUCAUUUUUGGAGCCGUAACUCCGGAGAAACGAACAUUCUAUACAAGUAUCGCUAUGGGAGUGGGCCAGAUUGGCAUUGUUUUCGGUCCAUUCCUUGGAGGCAUUUUCACCGAGCAUGCUAGCUGGCGUUGGUGCUUCUACAUUAACCUUCCUUUGGGCGGACUUGCUGCAUUGUUGAUUAAAGAGCCUGCGACCCUGUCUCUUGUUGCGAAACUAAUUCCUGACUUCGAUCUAUUCGGCUUUGCACUCCUCGCUCCUGCCUCAUUGAUGCUUCUCUUGGCGCUGCAGUUCGGUGCAAGUAACUACAGCUGGAACUCCGCAACAGUCAUCGGCCUGUUUUGCGGAUCCGCGUUAUCGGCCGGGCUCUUCAUCGUUUGGGAGAGGCGAGUUGGUGAAAAGGCAAUGAUUCCUCUUCGUAUCCUAUCUCAGACAGCGAUAUGGACCAGUUGUCUUUACUAUGCCUUUUUGAUUGCUGUUACGACCGGAGGGGGCUACUUCUUGCCAAUCUACCUCCAGUCGGUUAAAGGAUUAUCGCCUACUAUGAGUGCCGUUUACAUGCUUCCAACAAUCCUGCUCUCGGUGGUCUAUGUCAUCUUUUCCGGGGCUUUGAUGCCAAAAUUUGGUUAUUAUAUUCCCUGGGCAGCGUUUGCGUCUGGGGGAACAGCUAUUGGCUGCGGUCUUAUCUCUACUUGGACCCCGAAUACCACACUCGGACAGCUGAUAGGCUACCAAAUUAUCUUUGCUCUCCGUGGAUUUGGAAUGCAGAUGUCCACGGUAGCCAUUCAGAACGCUCUGCCCCCUUCAGAGAUUGCCAUCGGUAACUCGAUGCUUGUCUUCAGCCAGAGCCUUUUUGGGGCUAUUUUGAUCACUGCCGCGAACACUGUUUUUCAAGAAAGCCUGAAAACCAACAUCAAGAAUGAGACCCCGUCUAUUGACCCUAUUGCUGCCAUUGCUGCUGGCGGAAGCUCUGAAGCGGUCAGAGCCCUUGCUCCAGCAGGUGGCGAGCUCCUCAGAUCUGUCCUCGAUGUGUACUCUAAAAGUAUGGGGAAUGUCUAUUAUCUACUAGUCGGCGCAUGUGUCGUUUCGCUGGCUGUCUCUUUUGGUAUGGGUUGGGUAGAUGUUAGGAGGGAAAAGGCCACUGGCGUAGGGCCUAAGUAA